AUGAUGCACAGCCGGUCUCAUAGUUGGAACGCGGUGCUGUCUUUCUCUACGGCAUACGCUAGCACCGCCGACCUUGUGAAUAUGGCCCAGAUCACGGAUCUGGUCGCACUCGAGAUUAACAAUGAAACACCCGUGAACAAAAAUACGAUCGCUUUCCAAGAACACACCUCCACAGGUAUGGACGACAGCCUGGUUCACUCUUGGCUUCAAGGUGUUCAAUCUUCAGGGCAAUUUCAAAGACUCCAGGUCUUGCGGCUCUAUGAGCAAAAAGGCCUCACAAGCAAAGUAUUUUGGAUGCUGGAAAGAUUUCCGCAGUUGAAAGUCGUUGUGUUGUACCGGUGUGAAGAGAUCACAAGGUGCCUGAAUCAAAAGCUCGGAGGCUCUAAGCGUGCUCUGCUGCAGAAUGGCUGGCUCAUUCGAAGAUUCGAUCAUCUACCUAGUGGGACGCAGGAAGAAUGCAUUGUCAGACACUUGGGACCACUCUUCUCCAUGUACCGAACACUCAAAAACUGUGGACGCUCUGAUGGGCAAGGUGCACAUCCGACCCAGACGCCCCCGUCUCCCAGAUGCCCUGUUCUCGAGUUUGCAAUCCCUCAUCUGGAUUACGCUGACUCAGACAAGAUCUCAAGAAGGGCAAGGUAUGCAGCCAAAUCGAUCUUCAUUGUGACCAGGUCAGGAGAAAGUCAUCCCAAGAGACAAGCUCCGGUCGAAGAACGACAGCCGCGAGACCGUGGUAAACGAGUCAUGAGGCAGCAAGGCUCAAAGAAUGCGAUGGAUGUACUCAAUGAUUUCCUGGCAAUGUAA